UUCAGUAGGACACGGCGGUACUUCCGGUUUGGAGUUGUACACGUGAGCGUGGAAAACGAAAACAGGAGACUGCAGUGGUCAUCGUUUUCAGCAGCCAGGAUGGAGAGGAAGGAGAAAAAGCAGAAGAAGCACCAGCAGAAGCACAGUGGACCAAAGGCAGAGAAGAAGAAGGUGAAGAAGCAGGGCGCAUCAAAAGAGGAGGAUGAACGAAAACGCAACCCUAAAGCUUUCACAGUUCAGUCUGCUGUUCGGAUGGCCAAGACCUUCUACAGGGCUCAGGACUUAAAAACCAAAAAACAUCACAUCCCUCUUGUGGACCGAACACCUUUAGAACCUCCACCAGUUGUGAUUGCUGUUGUUGGUCCCCCGAAAGUUGGAAAAAGCACCCUAAUUCGCUGCCUGGUCAAAAAUUUCAUUCGUCAAAAGCUCAGCAACAUCUGUGGACCUGUUACCGUUGUUUCUGGUAAAAAGCGUCGGCUGACAUUCAUGGAGUGUAACAACGACAUCAACACGAUGAUUGACCUGGCGAAGGUUGCUGACCUGGUGUUGAUGUUAAUUGAUGCCAGCUUUGGCUUUGAGAUGGAGACGUUUGAGUUCCUCAACAUUUGUCAGGUGCACGGUUUCCCUCGGAUCAUGGGCGUGCUGACUCACCUGGAUUCAUUCAAGACCAACAAAACUCUGAGGAAGACCAAGAAGAAGCUCAAACACCGUUUUUGGACAGAAGUUUAUCAAGGAGCCAAGCUGUUCUACUUGUCGGGGAUGGUGUAUGGAGAAUAUCAGACUCAGGAAGUGAAGAACCUCGGCCGCUUCAUCUCUGUCAUGAAGUUUCGUCCUCUGGUGUGGCAGACCUCUCAUCCUUAUGUACUGGUUGACCGCAUGGAGGACCUAACAGAUCCUGAGAAGAUCAGGACCGACCCCAAGUGUGACAGGACUGUGUCACUCUAUGGCUACCUGAGAGGAGCACAUUUAAAAAACAGAAGCCAUAUCCAUAUUCCAGGUGUUGGAGACUUCCAGGUGAGCGACGUGGUCUUCCUGCCUGACCCGUGUCCUCUGCCAGAGGCUCAGAAGAAGAGAGCUCUGAAUGAAAAGGAGCGGCUGCUGUAUGCCCCCAUGGCCGGGGUCGGGGGGCUGGUGUAUGACAAAGAUGCUGUUUACAUCGACAUUCCUGCCAGCCACGUCAACCAGCAGCAGGAGGAGGUGCGUCCCACCACAGAGCUUGUCCAGUCUCUCAUUGACACUCAUGCCACUCUGGAUGCCAAGAUGGCUGUCAGUAAGGUUUCCCUCUUCAGCGGCUCGGCCAUGUUGGACUCAACAGACGGGACCAAUCAGAGCAGAGAGCAUGAGGGACUGCAGGAGAAACCUGUGUGGGAUUCCAUCAUGAACAGAGAGAGACGGAAAGUGAUCUUUAAUGAGGACAACGUGGAAGAGGAGGAGGAGGAGGAGGAUGAGGAGGAGGAUGAGGAUGAUGGUUUUAGUGGGUCUAGUGAUGGUGAGGAUGAUGACCAGGCUGAUGAGGAUGAAAAUCAAGAAGAUCUGGUCACAUUUCUUAAAGAGGUCAGGGUGGAAUGUGAAGGGAUGACAGAAGGCCACGUGCCACCAAAGAAGAUUCAGAAAAUGGACAAAGGACAGAGAGAAGUGAUCACUGAGGCACCGGCUUUUGCAGACAGUGAGGAUGAGCUGGAGAACAACAAAGAGGAUGAUGAGACCUGGGAAGCAGGUUAUUCUGGACAUUCUUCAACUAAGAACGAUGAAGAAUCAGAAGAAGAAUCUAUGGAAGAUGGCAGCACAGCUAAAGAAAGGCUGAAGAACCAAACAGAAAAGGAAAGUGAGGAGGAAGAAGAACAUGGAACUCUCAGGUGGAAGGAAGGACUACAGCAGAAAGCAGCUGACACUUUUCUACGGCAACAAGAAGCUGCUCCAAAUCUGAGGAAACUGGUUUAUGGUUCAGUUGUAGAAGCAGAGGAGGAGGAGGAGGAAGAGGAGGAGCUGGGAGGACUGUUUCGAGUCAGCCUCCCUCAAAAGAGCAAAAAGGUUCAGGCAAACACGCCGGACUGCUCCCGUUUUACUCCUGACACCUCCCACAACUGGGAUUUGGAGGAGAUGUUAAACUCAAUCAGGGAUUGUUUUGUGACAGGAAAAUGGGAAGAGCAACAAGAUGCUUCUACUCUGCUAAAGCAGGAUGAGGAGCUGUAUGGGGACUUUGAAGACCUGGAAACAGGAGUGGUCCACACAGGUCAAGCAGCGGAGCCGGGCGAGCCUGAGGAUGAAGAGAAGGAUGAAGAGAAGGACGAAGUCCAGGGGAAGAUGAACAAUGAUGUUGAGGAGGUGCAGAGGAACAGGCGUUUGGAGAAGAAGCGCCGGCUGAAGGAGCGGUUUGACGCAGAGUACGAUGAUGGAGACGCCACGUACUUCGAUGACUUGAAGGAGGAGAUGCAGAAACAGGCUGAGUUGAACAAAGCAGAGUUUGAGGGCAUGGAUGAUGAAAGUAGAGUGCAGUACGAAGGUUUCCGGCCAGGAAUGUACAUCAGAGUGGAACUCUCCUCUCUACCCUGUGAAUUUGUUAACAACUUUGACCCAAAUUAUCCCAUCAUCCUCGGAGGCCUGGGCUCCUCUGAAGGCAACAUCGGAUACCUGCAGAUGCGUCUGAAGAAGCACAGAUGGUAUGACCGGAUCCUGAAGACCAGGGACCCCCUCAUCUUCUCUUUAGGUUGGCGGCGCUUCCAGACCAUCCCCCUCUACCACAUCGAGGACCACAACGGACGCCACCGCCUGCUUAAAUACACACCGCAGCACAUGCACUGUGGAGCCUCCAUCUGGGGUCCCAUCACACCUCAGGGCUCUGGGUUCUUGGCUCUACAGUCAGUGGCAGAAACUAAAGCUAAUUUCCGCAUCGCAGCCACAGGAGUUGUCCUGGAUUUGGAUAAAUCAGUGACGAUCGUGAAGAAGCUCAAACUGAUCGGUUAUCCUUACAAGAUCUUUAAGAACACCUGCUUCGUGAAGGGCAUGUUUAACUCUGUGCUGGAGGUGGCGAAGUUUGAAGGUGCCUCGGUCCGAACAGUGUCAGGGAUCAGAGGUCAGAUCAAGAAGGCUCUGUCAACACCACCAGGAGCUUAUAGAGCCACGUUCGAAGACCGUUUGUUGAUGAGCGACAUUGUGUUCCUGCGUUCCUGGUAUCCAGUUAGUGUUCCUCAGCUCUACAACCCAGUCACCUCCCUGCUGCUGCCUCCCACUCAGAAGGACAGCUGGUCUGGCAUGAGAACCCUGGGGCAACUCAAAAACGAUCUGGGCAUCCAUAACAAACCCAAACCUGACUCUCUGUACAAGCCAAUAGUUCGCGCCAAACGUCUCUUCAACGUCCUUCACAUCCCCAAAGAGCUUCAGAAGGCCCUCCCGUUCAAGAGCAAACCCAAACAGCAACAACCUAAGGGAAAGACGCCCAGAGACCUCCAGAGACCCAGCGUGAUCCGAGAGCCCCAUGAGAGAAAGGUGGCAGCACUACUUCAGGCUCUGAGCACCGUGCACAACUACAAGAAGAAGAAGAUUCACACAGCGCAGCAUGCCAAACACAAACACUUCCUCCAGCAGAAGGAGAAGCAGGAGGAGGCCCAACUAAAGAGACAAAAGCUGGCACAGAAAAAACGGUACCGUGUCAUGGGUCAGAUGGACCAGAAGAAGCUGAAGUCUAGUCUGAAGGGGGCACCUAAAGAUGACUAGCUCCCUGGAUCUGGACUCUAACCUGUGCAGAACUGGGAAACAUUAUUGUCAUUUUCCAAUCUGGAAACGGCUGUAGAGAGAAACGAACUGAAAACUGGAAGAUGUUUUUAAUCAAUGUAUACAAACUCAUUUUUGUAUUGCUGGUUUGUACUCACAGAUCCAUUUCAGGUUGCUUCUCAUUCUUCAAAUGAAUCAUAAAUCCCUGUUGGCCAGUCUGCUGUGAUGUUUUAGUGUCAUUAAAAUGUGUUCGUUUGCCUCCAAACUGAAACGGUCAAAAUGUUUUUCCUGUGUUUUA